GUCUUCUUCCAGAGCCAACCCUACUAUAUAUAUAUAUAUAUAUAUAUAACCAACAAAGCAAAGCUCCCAUAGACUGGAGAGGAGGAGAAGAGAAGGAACGUUGUCUCUUGUGAUAUGGGUGUAGAUCCGUGGGCUCUCGCCGAGGUCACCGUGGACUCCUUGCCCUCCCUUUGGACUUCCCACCAUGAGACUGUGGAGGAGUUGAAUCAUAAGCUUCUCCGUGCGACCUUGGAACUCGAAGCGCUCAGAAAUGGCUUCAAGGAGGAAAGGAGGAAGAGUGAGGAAAAUAUGAAUCAGCUAAUCCAAAUUCUGAAGGUAACCACCCAGGAAAGAGAUGAAGCCAGGGAACAACUACAAGUCUUGGUCAACAAAAUUGCGCAACCUCACUCGGCUGAGCUGGUUCCUCUCCUUUCUUACCUCCAACCUGAUAGUCCACAGAUUUGGCAAGCAAGAGGCAAUUCCAGUGUCACAGAAUCUGAAAGCCUAUCCGACACUCCAAACCAGCACUCCUAUGGAUGCUCUCCUGUCGAGUCCUUCUUUGAAACGGUUACUUCUCCCGAGAUGACAAGCUUGAAUGGAGCCGACUCCUGCAACAUUGGACCCCCACAGCAACCCCACUUUCUCGAAAAUAAUCACUCUUCUUCCAUGGUAAUUUCUCAUGGCACUGGUAAGUAUGAUCGCGGUGAUGCUAUAAUCGACAGCAUCGCUGCGAAGAAGCCAUUGCCAGAGAAAGGAAAGCUGUUAGAAACUGUGCUGAAGAUAGGUCCAGUACUGGAGACACUUAUGGUGGCUGGCCCCCUUCCUCAAUGGCGCAAUCCUCCUCCACUGCAGCCAUUUCAGAUUCCUCCUGUGACAAUCAAAGCUCGCAAUGCUAAACUGCCCAACCGAGCUGCUAUUUUGAAUUCUAAUCAUUCGAUUCAGAGUUCUCCAGAUGAGAAAUCUAAUGGAUUGUCUCAGGUGCAUGCUGCGACGAUGUUGAAUUUUUCCAGUACAGUAAACCUCUGUGUCAGGAACAGACCUAUGACGUUGCCUUGUGUUAGCAGCCACCAGGGCUUUGAGGCGAAGCGGCAGAGGAUUCAAUAAACUGCUGGUAAAUGAUGAGAGGGAAAUGUCUUGGUUUAGAUAGGUUUUCCAGAAGACACAUGCUCUGCUUUUCUUUUUUUCCCCUUUUUCUAGGAACUGCUAAUCUCUAUUAAGAAUAUAAAACAUGUUUAUGAUGUAAAUGGCAUGAGCUUUUUUUUUUUUCCUGUCUA